CAGAGGUGUGAAAACUGAAACAGAUUACGAUGGUUGUUAGAACAGGACAAGAAACUGCCACUACAAUGUCUGGUAGCUCCCCCCUUCAUUUCCCAUUCAAGAACUUUCAAUUCCUUCCCCCAUUUCUCCCUCUAUAAAUUCCUCACUUGGGCUAUCGCAAAUCACACUCAAUUCUCUGCAAUCCUUCUUCUAAUUCAAUGGCGCCGCCUUCCUCCCCUGCUCUUCUCUUCCAUGUCCGAAGGUCCCCACCGGAGCUCGUGGCUCCUGCAAACCCCACGCCCCAUGAAUUCAAGCAGCUCUCCGACAUCGACGACCAAGACGGCCUUCGAUUUCAGAUCCCUGUAAUCCAAUUCUACCGCCAUGACCCACGCAUGGCCGGGAGAGACCCAGCGAUGGUUAUAAAGAACGCGAUUGCCAACACGCUUGUGUUUUACUACCCUUUUGCGGGUCGGCUGAGGGAAGGGCCUGGCCGGAAGCUCUUCGUGGAGUGUAAUGGAGAAGGGGUUUUGUUUAUUGAAGCGGAGGCGGAUGUGCGCUUGGAGGAAUUUGGGGAUUCGCUUCAGCCUCCAUUUCCAUGUCUGGAGGAGCUUCUUUUUGAUGUCCCUGGCUCUAAUGGUGUUCUUAAUUGCCCGUUGUUGCUGAUUCAAGUGACACGGCUUAAGUGCGGUGGGUUUAUAUUUGCUCUGCGCUUGAAUCAUACUAUGAGUGAUGCCUCUGGUCUUGUCCAAUUCAUGAUGGCCGUCGGCGAAAUGGCUCGUGGGGCGAGUACUCCGUCGGUGCGGCCGGUAUGGCAAAGGGCGCUGUUAAAUGCGAGAGACCCACCUGAAGUGAGGUGUGUUCAUCGCGAGUAUGAUGAAGUAGCUGACAUUAAUGGCACUAUAAUCCCGCUUGACGACAUGGCGCAUAGCUCAUUCUUCUUUGGCCCAUCGGAGAUCUCUGCAAUUCGCAAGGCCUUACCGACCCACCUCCGACAAUCCUCCUCCUUCGAGAUCCUCACAGCCUGUCUCUGGCGCUGCCGCACCAUAUCCCUUAACCCAGAUCCAGAGGAGGAAGUGCGAGUGCUCUGUAUUGUAAACGCCCGAUCCAAAUUCAACCCACCAUUGCCAUUGGGGUAUUACGGCAACGCGUUUGCUUUUCCGGUGGCAGUCACCACGGCAGGGAAGCUUUGUGGGAACCCAAUUGGGUAUGCUUUGGAAUUGGUUCGGGAAGCGAAGGCGGCGGUGACAGAGGAGUAUAUGAAAUCUGUGGCGGAUCUUAUGGUGGUGAAAGGGCGGCCUCAUUUCACUGUGGUCAGGUCGUAUCUUGUGUCGGAUGUAACGAGGGCUGGGUUUGGAGAGGUGGACUUUGGGUGGGGGAAGGCUGCGUACGGCGGACCGGCGAAGGGAGGCGUCGGAGCUAUCCCCGGCGUGGCAAGCUUUUAUAUACCAUCGAAGAACAAGAAGGGAGAAAAGGGGAUUUUGGUGCCUCUGUGCUUGCCUGCUCCAGCCAUGGAAAGAUUUGUGGAAGAACUUGAUGGUUUGUUGAAGGUGGGAGAAGCCAUUGGAGUUGAAAAUCAGAAGCCAUUGUUCAUUACUUCUGCUCUCUGAUUACCAAAAUUUGUAAUUUAUGAAUAUUACUUCGGCAUCAUAU